UCUGGGUAAUACGGAACGAAUGACGACACACAGGAGCUGGGAAUAAGAUAGAAAACGGGUUUCACGUGCUGCGAGAGGCAUUCCCCUACUGACUGCAUGCUUGCAAUACGGGUUGUUUUGAUGACAUGUAACAUUAACGGCAUUAUUACUUCUCCAUUCACUCGGACGGUAGAUGAACGAAGCAACUAUGGCCAACGAAAAUGUGAGCGUGAUCUUCAAAGUGUACUGUCUCACGGUGAUGACACUGGUGGCAGCGACCUACACAGUGGCACUGCGGUACACCAGGACCAUUUCAACAGAGGAGCUGUAUUUCUCCACAACUGCAGUGUGCAUCGCCGAGGUCAUUAAGUUAGUGCUGAGCUUGGGGAUGCUCACAAAGGAAACGGCAAGUCUCAUCAAACUAAAAGCCACCUUACAGGAACACAUCUUCUGCAGCCCUAAAGAACUGCUAAAACUCAGCGUGCCUUCGGUGGUGUAUGCAGUUCAGAAUAAUAUGGCUUUCAUCGCCCUGAGUAAUCUGGAUGUAGCAGUUUAUCAGGUCACCUAUCAGCUGAAGAUCCCGUGCACAGCCUUGUGUACAGUGCUCAUGCUGAACCGCUCUCUCAACCGGCUGCAAUGGUUUUCCGUCUUUAUGCUCUGUGGAGGCGUUACACUGGUUCAGUGGAAACCUGCGGAGGCCACUAAAGUUCAGAUUGAACAGAAUCCUGUUAUUGGGUUCAUUGCCAUUGCAGUUGCUGUCCUUUGCUCUGGUUUUGCAGGUGUGUACUUUGAGAAAGUGUUGAAGAGCUCAGAGACAUCCCUGUGGGUGAGAAACAUUCAGAUGUACCUGUCCGGCAUAGUGAUCACCUUGAUCGGUGUUUACAUGACUGAUGGAGAGAGGGUCAUGGAGAAAGGAUUCUUCUUUGGUUACACACCUUGGGUGUUCUUUGUAGUAUUCCUGGCCAGUGUAGGUGGUCUGUACACAUCAGUGGUAGUGAAGUACACUGAUAACAUCAUGAAAGGCUUUUCUGCUGCAGCUGCAAUUGUCCUCUCAAUGGUGGCAUCUGUAAUCUUGUUUGGACUACAAAUAACUAUGACGUUUGCCUCUGGAGCAUUCUUUGUCUGCAUUUCCAUAUACCUGUAUGGACUUCCAAAGCAAGACACAUCCAGAUUAACCUGGAAGGAUACAAAUUUAGAAGACAAACAGAAACUAAUUUCUGUGUGAGGUGCUGACUGACAUCAGACAUUUCUAUGCUGGACCAGGAUGAAGGAAGCCUUUCCUCAUUUGAGGUUAGAGUUGGAUCUGCUUUGUGUCGACGUCAUCAGAUGGAACCGUGAACUGAGUCUCUGAAUACUUUGAAGAAUCUUAGUGGGUUUUUUGUUUUUAUAAAAAGGGGGUGGGGGAGUUUGGGUUUUUUGUAGUUUUUUUUUGGAAACUGCUUCUAGCUAGCUACCAGUAAGCUCGUGAAUCUAUACCCUAACCAGUGAAUUCUUGGAAUUGGAAUCCAAUCUUCAGCCACAAUAAGUAGCAUAAGGAGUUUACUAUUAUGCUCCCUGUGUGUUUUUUUUUUUUUUUAAAUUGGGAGUAUUAUAUUGUCUUUAUUUUAUUUAAUAAACCAGUGUUAAUAAUUGGUCUUUAAACUGUGCAAUACGAGUGACUUAACUCCAAAUCACUUAGUCCUUACUCUGAAUGUGCCCAAAUCACCGACUGCAUGCAUAAUCCCCCCCCACCCCACCCCCACCCCAUCUUGUUUCAUAAUAAUUUUUUUUGUUUUAAUCACUUCAGUGUUGUCUUGUAAUGAAGGUAAUUGUACAGUUUUUAUUAGCAGAGAAGUGUUUUUCUGAAUACAGACUAGACCCAAUCCUACAGACUAGCAUAAUUUUAUUUUGACAAUAUAAGGCUCUGUUUUUAGAAUACAAGUCAACAAUAGUUGCAGCACUGAAAAGGACACUGACACACACCGAUGCGGUUUUUACAUUUUGUUUACUGGUGUGAUGCCCAGGAUUCUCAUCCCGUUGGCCAGGACUGAGCAUGCUCCGCUGAACAGUCGUAACCUUGCCUGUGGAUAUGAGGAGAAUGAAGCAGUUUUCAGGUUGCAAAACUGUUGUUAGCAAUGCCCUUACAUAUGUAGUGACAGAUGUAACGGUGACUGCAAAUACAAUCAGUUCUCGCAGGGAAACAAAGAGAUCAGUAUAGCAUAUUUUAAAGACUCAUGUAGUGAUUCACAUAUUUGACCGGCUACCAAAAGAUGGGGAUCAUCUGUCAGUCAAAUAUGUGAAUGAGUUAGACUCUAGAGAGAAGACACCAGGAAGGGUAUUAAGUGUGUAGUAAAAAAAAAAAAAAAAAAAGCCAAAAUAUAUGAAGCUACUGUGUUGAUCCCUUGAUAAUAAGGUAGCUUUUUACACUUUAACAUUUGUCAGGCUUACAAUUGCACUGACAAACCUAAGUAUCUACCACUGAUAUUAGUAUAGACCAUCUAUGUUGUCAUUAUGCUGAUAUCUGUAAGCAGUGCUCCUACUAUUAAACAGAAAUUCUAUUGGCUGACCAAUGUUUUCUACAAGCAAACACAAUGUUUGAUUAGUCAAAGAAGAGUCCCGUGAGGGGUAAGGCAUCUUUUAACUUUGUCCAAAUUUCAGCUUUGAACCCCACUAAUAACCACUUCUGUUAUUCAUUUUCAUGUAAUUUUCUUGGUAUAAAUCUCUUGGGUAUUCUUGCCAGAAUGUAGCUAUAAUUAAUUUUCUAGACCUUUUAAAAUCUUGAAAAAUUUCCUAAACAGUCAAAUCAGACAGUAAAUGCCCCUCAACCUGUCACCUCCUCAGUACAAAGCUUGUGGUGCAUGUGACUGUGCUAAUUUGGCAGUUUCAGACAAUGUCCCAACCAGUUUCUCUUAAUAUGUUCAUGUGUGAGAAGAACAGGUUGUUGCAUAAGAAAUUAUAGAACCAUGCAUUAAAAGGCUAUACAAAAAUCAA